AUGAGAAGAGUAACAUACUCUGUACUCUCUAACUGUUACUUCCUACUGUUAUACAACGGUUAUACUAUAACCACUUGUCAGCCCUUCAAAAUAAAUGAUUUCCUUUAUGAAAUUUUAAAUUUAAAUAAUAAUUCAAUCAAAAGGCAAAGUGCCGCUCGUUAUUACGAACAAUCUCGAAGUUACUCCGAAUUAGCACGUUGUUAUCUAAUGAUGGAUGACUUUGCUCGAAUGGAAACACUUGGACAGGAAUUGCCUGAAGGCCAUGAAGUAUUAAAUCAAUUGGCUGAAACAUUUACUAGUUAUGGACUUUGUGAACAAGCUGUUGAUUGUUAUUUAAAAUGUAAUCGAAUAAGUGAUGCUUUCGAAACUUGUAUUAAAUUAAAUAAAUGGGAUCGAGCUGCUGAACUUUCUGACCGUUAUCAUCUUGCUAAUGUUGAAAAUUUACUUAAUCAAUAUGCACAUCAAAUUGUGGGAAAUAAAACAAAAAAUUUGGCUAUCGCUCAACUUUAUUCAAAAGCGGCAAAAUAUUUGAAGGCUGCAAAAAUUGUUUAUGAGGUAGCAAAUUCAGAACAUCAAAAACAAGCACCCCCUCUUCGUUUAAAAAAACUUUAUGUAAUGGGGGCUCUUUUAGUUGAAGAAUAUUAUGAACAAAAUCGUCAAAAAAUUGCAAAAAGGAAAGAAGAAAGUGGAGGGUCUUCAUCAUUAGCUUUAGAUGGUCUUUUAGCUAGUGAUCAUAAUUUAAGUAUGGAAGAAGUUAGAAUGAUAGAUACUUCAUGGAGAGGUGCGGAAGCUUAUCAUUUUUUUAUGUUAGCUCACUCACAUUUAUAUAAGAGUGAUUAUGUAUCGGCAGUCAAAACAGCUUUAACCCUUACAAAUUAUGAAGAUUUAUUAGAUCCUAUGGAAGUUUAUUCUUUAUUAGAAGCAAUGCAAAAUAUUUCAAAAGAAGAACAAGAAGUUUAUGCUAGUUUAGCUAUGCAAAUAUUUUUAAAAAAUGAGCCAAAAGAUCAACGUGUUAAUUAUGUAGAAUGCCCCAAUUGUGAUGCUAAAAUUGAGGAUCAUUCAAUUGUUUGCCCCAAUUUAAAAUGUAAUAAUCGCCCUCCUAUUUGUGUGGCUACUGGCCGUCCAAUAUUUGAAACACAAUUUUGGAUAUGCAAAAAAUGCAAACAUCGAGCUUAUCAAAAAGAAAUUAAUUCUUAUAUUAAUUGUCCACUUUGCCAUAAUGAUUUUAAUAAAUAA